AUGUCUAUCACUAUCCACUCAGCUAUCUCUCCCCACUCACAGUGGAAGCCGCCCUUGCAUUCUUUCCAAGACAAGUCUGGCAAUAACUGCACUGCUGUGACUGAAUUCAUUAUUUUGGGGUUAACAGAUGAUCCAAACCUUCGUGUCAUCCUCUUUGUGAUAUUCUUAGGUGUCUAUGCAGUCACAUUAAUUGGUAACCUUAGCAUAAUCAUAUUGAUCAGAAAGAGCUCCCAACUUCACACUCCAAUGUACCUUUUCCUUAGUCAUUUGGCUUUUGUGGACUCUGCAUAUUCCUCAUCUGUCACACCUGUUAUGCUCAAGAACUUCCUUGUGUACAAAACCAUAAUCCCUCCUGGAGGCUGUGUGGCCCAGAUGUUCUGUACAGCAACCGUUGGGACAGCUGAGUGCUUCCUGCUGGCUAUGAUGGCCUAUGAUCAGUAUAUGGCUAUCUGUAACCCCCUACUCUACUCCACCAACAUGUCUGCUAGGGUCUACACUCUUUUACUCAUCACAUCCUACCUAGGUGGCUGUGUAAAUGCUUGGAUCUUCACUGGCUGCUUAUUGAAUCGGUCAUUCUGUGGACCCAAUAAGAUCAAUCAUUUUUUCUGUGAUUAUUCACCACUUUUGAAGCUUUCCUACUCUGAAGAUAAUCUUGCUGAUGUUCUUCCUGCUGCCUCUACUGGGUUAGUGAUUGUGAUCACAGUGUUACUUAUUCUGUUCUCUUACAUAUACAUUCUCUUCUCUGUCCUGAAGAUAAACUCUGCUGAGGGCAGAGUCAAAGCUUUCUCAACUUGCACCUCUCACCUCACAGCAGUCACUCUGUUCUGUGGGACCACUACAUUCAUUUAUGUGAUGCCUAAAUCCAGUUACUCAACAGAUGAGAAUAAAGUGAUGUCUGUUUUCUGCAUUGUAAUGAUCCCCAUGUUGAACCCCCUGAUCUACAGUCUUAGGAACAAUGAGGUAAAGGGGGCCCUGAGAAGACUGAUGAGGAGGAAACAUUCUUUUUCAUGA